GAAUUUUGACGAAUAGGAGAGCAAAUUGAAUGGGUUCCGCGCAAGAAAUUGCGCUUUCCCUGCUCUUUUUGAUUGCUUCCACAAGUGCUCAGGAUUGUCAGAGUGCUCGGUUAACUGCAACGGAUGUUUUAGAAACGGUGCAAAUCUACAAUAACGAGUACGCCCUUGAAGAUGACCACAUCACGUACGAAAUUUCUACAUCGCCACCAUCAAACUCAUUCGAUCAAAUCUCCGACUCCAUUCGGAUUCUGCUCAGCAAUCAAUCUUCGUGUCCUGAAACUUGUACUGUCACUUUGAAUCGGUAUAUUGACACAUUUCAAGGUAACCAGUCAACAACAUUAUUCUUCGACACAGAGCACUCUUUCUACCUGCCCAGCCAUUACGAAAAAGACAACAAAACUACAUUUGUCUGCGUCUCCACAAACGGGUCAUGCGGUGCUACCGUACCCGUUUACCGGUAUUAUAAAAUUUCAAACGGAGGAGUUUUUCACGCUUACUCUUUCGACCAGGAUGUUAUCUAUGAUGGGUAUAAUCAGGAAUUUCUUCCGAUUUGUUAUGCUUGGGAGCUGCCAACAGCGACUGUGGCAAGUCGACCAACAUGUGGAACUCUAAACUUCGACAUUCCCCCAGAAGCCUUAUCCAAUCUGAACAUCUACGAUAAUCAGUUGGCGGGAAUCGAACGGGAUCACUAUUAUACCACACUUCCCUCCACUGAUUCAUCUCUAGUGACUUAUAAUCAAACAGGUGUUCUUGGGAAAGUGUUGACUUCUUCGAAAAGUACCGCAUGCAGCUGCCUGGUUAAAUUACUACAACAGUUUGAUAAUCAAACUGGCUAUUUUCAUCGCUUGGACCACAAAUUGAUAGCAAUGGGUCAAGAAUCCAACAGACCCUACGAAGAGUACGAGGAAACUGGAGAGACUGUGUAUUGUGCCAAAAGACUCGGCGACUGUGGAGCCACCUUACCUCUCUGGAAACAAUUCCAGUUCUAUGACGUUGACACCAUGUACACCACAGACUCCACACCAAUCCCCAUGUCCUAUAUGUAUCCACAGACCCCUCUCUGCUAUAUCUGGCCGGCUAGUUAUGCUCCAAACGCAUCUCGUAUUGUAACGGGAACGAUGGCUCCAGCAGCACCUCCAGUGCCAACAAUGGCUGCAACAUUCGGAGACACAGGCCAGACAGGUGUGACAUUGCCCGGUGUAACCGAAUCAACUCCAUCUACCCUCACCACAGGUGCUACAUUGCCUAUGGGAAUGACACAAUCCACCCCCGUUACUGGAGCAACUGGAUCUACAGACACCAUGCAACCAAUGGGAUCAACAGGAAUGACACCACUUACUCCAGUAACUGGAGGCACUGGGGUGACACUGUCCACUCUGAUGACACAGCCCACCCCAUUCACACCAGGAACGGGUGCAACUGGAGCACCCGGUCAGCCAUUCACGGGAGUCACAAUGCCCGUAGGAUCUUCCGGGAUGACACCACCCACGCCAGUUACUGGUGGUACUGGACCCACUGAAACGACAGGCGUAACAAUGCCUCUCGGAUCUACCUGGAUGACGACACCUACGCCAGUUACUGGUGGUACUGGAGGUACGAUGGGACCUAUGGGAUCUACCGGGGUGACACAAGCUUCUCCUGUAACUGGAGCAACAGGAUUCACUAUGCCAACUGGGAUCUCACAAUCAACCCCGGCGAUCGGGGGCACUAUGGGUUCUACCGGGAUGACACUAACCACACUUGUAGCAGGGAGUACUGUAGUUACUCCAAUGACGGAGGCGACAGGCGCUUUCUUGUCUGCUGGGUCAACUGCUAUGACUCCGUCCACGCAGGGCACUGGAGCAACAGGUGUCACAAUGUCCACCCCUGGAACUAUGGCCACUGGGACAACUCCAAUGACUCCAACUGUCAGUGUCUGGGGUACGAACACUCCAGCGGUGACCCCUGCAUCGCCAACUACAAUACGGCUAGCGGAUCCAGGUGCUGUCACGCCUGGCUUGAUUCUUCCAGUGACCACUCCUGGCAGUCUUGUGACAAACGAUCCGGUGAUGGACACCGAAGCCCCUUUUGAUCUACCCACUGCUGAAACCUUCACCCUUUCCAACUUCUGGCUCACGACACCGUCUUCAGCUCCGAGCAUUGUCCCAUCAACACCCACGAUAUCUCCAGCACCUCUUCCAACCACUGGAAGCUCUGGAGGCCCGGAUGUUACAACUCCCGCACCACCGGUCAUGGUUACAGGACCGCUGAUCUUUAUCAUCCCGACAGUGAUACCAUCGACUAUGCCCACAACACCUGAACCUCCCACAAUCUCCUCCACCUUCACACCAGCAGCAACCCAGGCUUCUCCAGCAACCCCAACGCCUCAACACGUAGCUCAGUCUGCUCCGACUAAUUCCAUAAUUGGUGGAUCUCUGGACAGUUUCACAAAUCCUCCAAUAAUUGCUGCACUCAUAAGCUCGUCGGCAGCUUCCCCACCAGCAGUUCAGAGUGAUAUCCCACACGCGGUGCUGACAACAGUUGAUCCUCUUACUUCAACUACUGGAUCAACUAGGAGUACCGAAGAUCCAGGAAUAAUCUGGAAGGCCGGUGAUUGGAUCAGCAGCACGUGGCAUUCAGUAUUUGGUGGGAGUGAUAAGGUGCAGAAUGUGGCGAGUCCUGUGAGCAUGAACACAUUCACGACAACACCACAGCCGAUGGGAGGACUUGUUGGAAGUUUUAUUAACUCGACGGGAAACUUCUACAAUGACACCAAGGCGUUUAUUGGCAACACAAUUAAUGGCGUCACAAACUCUAACGGAAGUUUCAUCGAAAAUAAACUUGACAGCACCGGCGAUUUCUUGUCCAAUGCCUGGAAUUCGCUUACCUCAAAUAAUUCAACGGGUGGUGGGAAUGGCACGUGGAUCAGUGGGGCUCUAAAUAGCACCGGAAGAUUUCUAACGAACACCUGGAAUUUGCUCGGAAAUUGUAAUGGAACUGCCGGAAACUUUGUGAACAACACUCAAACUUGGAUCGGCGGCGCGGUGGACAGCACCGGAGAUUUCCUUUCGAAUACCUGGAAUUCUUUAAGUUCCAACAACACAAGCGGUAAUAGCACGUGGAUUGCCGGAGCUCUAAAUAGUACCGGAGGAUUUUUGACAAACGCGUGGAACACAAUAGGAAGCAAUAAUGGUACUUCUGGGAAUAUUGUUAACAACACACAGACUUGGAUAGGCGGCGCUGUUGACAGCACCGGAGACUUUCUUUCAAAUGCCUGGAAUUCUUUGAAAUCGGAAAAUAGUUCCAGUGGCGCUUUUGUGAAUAACACGCAAACUUGGAUUGGUGGACAAGUCGACAGCACCGGAGAUUUCCUGUCAAAUGCGUGGAACUCGCUGAAAUCGGAUAAUAAUUCUACGAACAGCACGCAAACGUGGAUUGGCGGAGCUUUGAAUAGCACCGGACAAUUCUUCUCAAAUGCUUGGAACGAAACAAAGGAACACUCUGGAAAUAUUAUCGAUUCAUCGAAAACGUGGAUCAGUGACAAGUUGGACGGCGAUUCGGCAACUGGAAGUCCAAUCAGUGAUCCAACAGUAAUCCCAUUGGCAGCACUUCCACCAUUAAGUCCUGUUGGAGGAGUUGCAAGUGUGAUUCUUCCCGUCGUUCGCUCAGCAACUGAAGAACCAUCGAAAGUCGAGUGGAACGGUGGAUUGAUCAGUGGUCCGUUAUCUGGAUAAUUCUUAAAAAGUACAAUAAUGCUCUGUCAUAUAUGCUCAUAAUAUAUUGUUAAUAAACUAUAAACCAUCUGAACCACGCAAUAAAUUUUUUAAAGGUUUC